AUGUGGAGAAGACCCAGCGUGUCGGCGGCCGCUCCGCAGCUCCUCGUGGGCAAGUCCAUGGCCAUUACAGGCGGCGUGACUGGCAUUGGACGCGCAAUUGCCAUUGGCUAUCUCACUCAGGGCGCCAAUGUUGCUGUCAACCACUUCGGAGACGCCAAAUCAUCCGAGCAAUUCAAGACACUUUUUGAAGAAGCUUCUCAGAGCUUGGGUGGAAAAGAAGAGGCGCAGAAACGUUUGAUCGAAGUCCCGGGCGAUGUGGGAAAUCCUGACACGGGCAAGAAGCUCAUUGCUGCCGUCGUGGAGAAGUGGGGACGAUUGGAUGUAGUCGUGAGCAAUGCUGGAAUCUGCGAGUUUAGAGAGUUUCUGGAAAUCACACCAGACCUGUGGAACCAAACCCUCACCACCAACCUGACAGGCGCAUACAACACCGUCCACGCAGCCGCGACCCAAAUGUCCAAACAAUCACCCCCCGGUGGCUCUAUAAUUGGAAUCUCCUCGAUUUCCGCUCUCGUUGGUGGGGCACAGCAAGCACAUUACACUCCAACGAAGGCUGGCAUUACAUCGCUCAUGCAAUCGGGAGCUUGUGCACUGGGCAAAUACAACAUCAGAUGCAAUGCAUUGCUUCCUGGCACAAUCAAGACACAGUUGAAUGAGAAGGAUCUGGAAGACGAUACCAAGAGGAAGUACAUGGAAGGCAGGAUACCGUUGGGUAGGACGGGCGUGCCGGCCGACCUUGCUGGGCCGGCCAUAUUCUUGGGCAACUCCCACAUCCAUCUCUGGCCCUCCACAUCCACCACGUCCUCCGCCCACGCAUGGAUGAAACCAGGCCACUUCCUCGCCAAACGCCACGGAAUAACCGACUAUCUCGCCGUCGCAGACGACAGCGUGAAAGGCUUCGUGUACGUCGAGACGGACCGGUACUUACCCUCUUCGACACCAGAUUUCGACACCGCCGGUAGCGAUGUAAAAGAGAAGCUGUCGCAGUGGGCGCACGAACCACUCUCCGAAGUGAAAUUCCUGAAGAGAAUCGCCGAGGGAAAGACGGAGGAUGGGGAUGGCGGUGAUGGAGCGGGGAGGAUGAAGGGCUGUGUACUCUGGGCGCCAUUCCAUCUCCCUGCCCCCGUUUUCUCGGCUUACAUGCACGUCUUGGAAGGGAUUGCUGGACCUGCUCUACUCGAUGGCAAAAUCGUCGGGUUUAGAUACCUCCUCCAAGGCAAAGAAGCGGGCGAGGUGGGCAAGAUAGUCGGCAGCGAAGCAUGGCUAGCUAACAUCCUCUCGCUCGAUAAAGGGCGGGGAGGUAAGGGGUGGACGUUCGAUGUCGGCGUGGAUAUCAACCGCGAUGGGGAAGAGGGACUCGUGGCGGUUGGGGAGAUGAUCAAGGAAGUCAGGAGGAGGGGAGGCGGGACGUGGGUUGAUGCUCUUAAAGCCUUCAAGCUCGAUCAGAACGUCUACAUGAAAUUGUCGGGCGCGUUGAAUGAGUUCGACGCCACGCCAAACACUACUGGUGAGAUCGUAAAGGCGCUGGAACCCUACUUGGAUGUUGUCUUUGAGUGCUUCCCCGGCCGCGUUAUGUUCGGGAGCGACUGGCCGGUGUGCAACGUUGGUGGGCCGAAGGGGGAGAAGGGGAAUUGGGGGUUUUGGAGGGAUGUUGUUGAGAAGGUUAUGAAUGAGAGGGGGACGAGCGAGGAGGAUAGAGAGGGGAUUUGGUGGAGGAAUGGGAGCAGGGCUUAUGGGGUUGAGAUUUGA